UACUGGAGAACUAUAAAUGGGGAGACUCCAACAUCAGUUGAUCACAACAGGCCUUCGCCGCUUUUAAGCCAAGUCUAAUAUCAAUUGCCAGCUCUUCUACUAACCAACAACAAAUCCAAGAUGAAGUACCUUUUCGUGGUUGCUCUUGUUGCCCUGGCCAUCCAGGUGGCUUCCUCUGCUAGUGCCACUACAACAACUGAAGCCACCACCACAACAACAACCACUGCAGCUUCAACCACGACGACAACCGCCUCUUCCACACACAAAAAGCGUUGUUGGAGGGGCAACAACUGGUGCCACACUCGCAUCCCCAAGAGGAAGUGCAAGCACCCAAGGAGGUGCCACAAGACCGUCGUGAUUGUGACCCACAGAAAAAAUUAA